ACUGACAAUGUCGGUGGAAGUCCAAGAAGCGCAUAUUGCAGAAGUGAAGCCUCUAGUAGAGAAAGAUGAGGUCAUCACAAAUCUCCUGUCUCACUUUGGUGUCCAUGAACAAGAUGUUGAAACGGUUCAUGGGUCUGUCCACGUCACCAUGUGUGGGACUCCCAGAGGGAACAGGCCUGCCAUUCUGACAUAUCAUGAUAUUGGACUCAAUCAUAAAACAUGCUUCAACCCCCUCUUCAAUUUCGAAGAUAUGCAGGAGAUCACACAGCACUUCGCCGUCUGCCACGUGGAUGCCCCUGGACAGCAGGAUGGGGCCGCCUCUUUUCCAGCUGGAUAUAUGUACCCUUCCAUGGACCAACUUGCGGAAAUGCUGCCUGGAAUCCUAAAACAGUUUGGACUGAAAAGUGUGAUUGGAAUGGGAACUGGAGCUGGUGCCUACAUCUUAACCAGAUUUGCUCUUAACCAUCCUGAUAUGAUAGAAGGCCUCGUUCUUAUUAAUGUCAACCCCUGUGCGGAAGGAUGGAUGGAUUGGGCAGCAACCAAGAUUUCUGGAUGGACUCAUGCCAUGCCAGAUUUGGUCAUUUCACAUCUGUUUGGCAAGGAAGAGAUUCAUAACAACCAGGAUUUGAUCAGUACUUACCGCCAGCACAUCAUCAAUGACAUGAAUCAGAACAAUCUGCACCUCUUCGUCAACUCCUACAGCAGCCGAAGAGAUCUAGAAAUUGAGCGCCCUGUGCCCGGUACGCACGUUGUUACUCUACAGUGCCCUUCACUGUUGGUGGUUGGGGACAGCUCUCCUGCCGUCGAUGCUGUGGUGGACUGCAAUGCUAAACUGGACCCAACAAAGACUACACUCUUAAAGAUGGCUGACUGUGGUGGUCUUCCUCAAGUUUCCCAGCCUGCAAAACUUGCGGAAGCUUUCAAAUACUUCAUACAAGGAAUGGGAUAUAUGCCUUCUGCCAGCAUGACCAGACUCAUGAGAUCCCGGACGGCUUCCGGUUCCAGCGUGGCCUCCUUGGAAGGCGGCAGGAGUAGAUCCCACACCGGGGAGGGAGCCAGAAGCAGAUCCCACACUGGCGAAGGGGAGAGGACCAGGACCCAGUCCGGGGACGACGGCCGGAACCGCAUUGAGCUCACCCCCAACUCGGCCAGCAAUGCCGAGCAGCCGAGCCCCAAGUCGAUGGAGGUUUCCUGUUAAAUGGAACGGGCCGGAGUUAUGAUCGAGACUUGACUGCCACCCACUCACUGUGUGUCAUGAUAUUUGAUAUUUAACCCGAAGCAUUUUCUGUAUCAUGGCUCUCUUCCCCUCCCAGAGUUCGACAGGGACCAAUAAAACAAAACAUCUCAGUUGCUCUGUUUUCCCUAACAGAGGUUGCUGCUAUUCUUUUCUCUGACUAACUGUAGAUUUCU